ACUAGGAGAUUAAUCAUUGCUUUGAGCGUUUCAUGUUUUAACAUCUCUUUUUUUGACUCUGGUCUUCUGUUAUUUUGCCAGUGUUUGUUGUAGUUCUCACUGUCCAGCGCGCCGCCGACACGAGGUUCUUCUUCUUCUUUUUCACCGACGCGUUCACGUUUUCCGUUAUUGAGCGCCUUUCCGUUCUGCAUUUCCUGUACUUAGACUGUUGUCUGCAUUUUAACAGAGUUAAAAGUGUGCAGCUAAAAGGAUCUCGAGUGAUUAAGACCUGUCCAGUCUAUGGAACGCCAUUUAGAGUUUAGGAUGAAUUCAAGUGAUUAAUCCUUUGGAAUUUCUGUAAAGACCAUGUUACCCCAAGCAAGGAAUAGGUCAAAUAUGCAAGGCAGGUUUAAACCUGAAAAGCCUAAUUUGUCACAUGCUGAUCGUCAUCAUGAGGUUCUGAAAGGUGGAAAAGAGGUGUCAGAUUCUUCAUUGAAGCACACAAAACAACAUGCUGAUAUCAAGGCAAAUGAAGAAGAUGAGCUUGUGAAGUACAUGUCAAAUCUACCAAGUUACCUGGAGAGAGGAGCAAACCCCCCAAGAAAAAGUUUUAAAUGUUGGGGUCCUUCCAUGGGUGCGCCUUGAAAAAUGGCAGUGUAGCAAUAAACAGAACUUAUAUAGAAGUAGUAUCUCUUCAACCAGUAGCAACACAUUUUCAACAGAUGAAUCAUCAGCACAUUGGAGCAGAGGUCAUAGUUGGCCUCCUGCCCGUCAAAGGUUACAACGUCCUUCCCUGCAAUCUCAUCUGAUGUCAGUCCCUGUAGAAGGCCAUUUGCCAUUUGACAGAACUUCCUGGGUAAGUGUUGGAAAGCUUCAAGAUCCCAAGGCUUCUGAGAGCACCAGCUUCGCGGCUCAGGGAAAAUUCAAGAGAGAAGAUAAAUCAUUUUGCAAAACUAAUCCACGAAUGAAGCUUGAAAAAUGCAAGAGAAUGGAAAUAGUCCCAAAGAUUAUUUCAGCAGGUUCAACAGUGCCAAAUGGGGUCAAAGAUAAUGUGGCAUCAUAUGACAAGGUGAAAAUGAAGAACCAAGUUGGUGAAGUUAUGAAGAAAGUUGAGAAGUUUGAAGAAGUUAUUCCAAACCGGGAUAAAGUAAUUGUCACUGAAAAAAGUAACACGGUUGUCCUCCUUUCGCCAAGAGAUCUGCCCAAAAUGAAUCACUCAGGAGAAGUCGGCUUUUCUAAUUUAACAAUAAAGUCAAGUAAAAAAGAAGCAGAACCUAGACAGAGGACCUUCCCGGAAACUUCUAAAGAGGUUCAACAUUCAGCAGUCAGCUCCAAUUUCCAUCAUUCAGGCCCAUUGCCUUAUGAACUUGAUGGCAGUAAACAUUUACAGCUUAAAGUGACAGGCCUCGAUUCCAGUGGUAACAACAUUCCAUCAGAAAGAACUCAUUCUGUACCUCGUGCAACAAGGAUUGAAACUAUUUCUUCCAGAAGCAGAAAUCUAGAGGAGAGAAGGUCAAAUGCAACACCCGUAAAUCCUAAUGCAAAUGAGGCUCGGAAAGGAUCAGACGCAAAAGGAAGCAAGGUUUCAUAUGAAGAAGUACGAAGCACUUCACCUUUCCGUCGUUUUAGCUUCAGCAUGGGUAAAGCAGGCAAAGUUUCUGAGCCCAACGAGGGUACAUCUAUAUCUCAGGCAGGCUUAACACAUAGUUUUGUCAAAUCAGAUUUAAAAAAUCCCCAGAAUGCUGUUUCUUCUGGUGUUGAUACUUCUUGCGGUGACAAAAUCAAUGCUAAAAGCAGAAGCAGGUCCAGCCCUUUGAGAAGAUUAUUAGACUCGCUUCUAAAACCGAAGGCAGUUAACUGUCGCAAUUUUUCCAACCAAUUACAGGACUCAAUAUUAACAGAAGGUGCCUGUAAAUCAUCAGAACAGCUUAGACAUUCAGCUUUGCCCUUGCAGUCAGCCAAAGUGAAAUCAGAUACGGCGAGCCAUUGCACAAGCAAUGUAAAUGAUUCAGCACAGAACAAAAAUUGUGGAUCUUCAGCAGUUCAAGCUCUUCUCAGAGUUCAAGUUAAGAAUGGGUUGCCUCUGUUCACGUUUGCUGUUGAUAACGAGAGUAAGAUUCUUGCAGCUACUAUGAAAAUGUUAAGUGCAUCAGGGAAGAGUGAUUAUGGAUGCAUUUACACAUUCUUUGCCAUUCAAGAAGUCAGAAAAAAGAAUGGAAGGUGGAUAAAUCAGGGCAAAGGCAAAGGUCAGGAGUAUGUCCCUAAUGUUGUUGCCCAGAUGAAGGUCUCUGGUUCCGAGUUUUCUCAUUUGUCCAGGCCAAACUCUGUGGAUCAAUUUAGCCUCAGAGAAUAUGUUCUUCUUACCUUGGAUUUAGGACGGGCAAAUCCACAAGCAUCUGAUUUCCUGUCAAGCGAUGAGCAGGCAGCUAUCAUUGUCAAGAUCCCAACAAGGAACAGAAGAAUUCCGAUUAGAGAUGGGUACCUGAUUGAUAAGCCUAACAGCUUCGCUGUGACUACAUUGAAAGAGCGUCAACCAGAGGUGAAACUUGAAAUUGAUUAUGGGAAAAAUGGUGCUCUUAUGGGUGGUCAAGACAUUAGUGCUACAGUAAUACUUCCAAGUGGUGUACAUAGCCUGCCAAAUAAAGGUGAACCUUCAUCACUGAUCCAACGAUGGAAAUCAGGUGGUGCAUGUGACUGUGGUGGUUGGGAUUUAGGUUGCAAACUCGGGGUUCUUUCUAAUAAGAGCCAAUUCAGUCAGCGAUCUAAUUUCGAACUGUUUUUUCAGGGAGGAGCUCAAGACAAGAAGCCAUUGUUCAGUUUGGCCCCUUUCAAGGAUGGUAUCUAUUCAGUUGAGUUCAAUUCUUCGCUUUCACCUAUGCAAGCAUUUUCCAUUUGUAUAGCAGUUUGGGAUAGUAGGAAACACUCUGAGAUUUCAGAACCAGAAUCAGUUACCACCUCUGAAGAAAGAACAUUGGGGAAAACCAUACUAAAUGAAAGAUUAAAUGCUUCUAAUCCUAUAGAAGGCGGUACUGCUGCUAGAUAUGUCCAAUAUCCACAUGUUUCCCCAGUUGAAAGGGUCUAGUUCGACACUAUGAAUGAUACGAUGUAAUUAAGUGAAAGAUAGAAUUAUAUAGAUUUCUGGUUUUUUGGUUGGGCAAUGCUCAGUGAGAUAUGUAUCGCCGUUAAGGUAAGGGUCGCCCAAUGGAGAAUGAACAAGGCCUGUUUGUAAUAGUUGAGGACUGGUUCGCUGCAAGCUUUGGAGCAUUGUAGUUUGAUUUACAUAUGAAAACAGAUUCAAUAUGAUCUGUAGUAUAAGCAAAAUGUUUUGAUCAGUGUAAGCGUGCAUAUGAAAUCAAGCGAUUAU